AUGGGAGGAGGGGAGAGAGCUAGACGUGAGGCGCCGGCGGCGCGCGUGCCGCUGUACCGGUUGUUCGCAUUCGCGGACAGGACGGACGUGGCGCUGAUGGCGGUGGGCACGGUGGCCGCGGUGGCCAACGGGAUGGCGCGGCCGGUCAUGACCCACAUCUUCGGCGACGUCGUCAACGCCUUCAGCUCCGCCGGCUUUUCGCCGGACUCAGACGUGCUGCACAGGGUCAGCAAGUGGUUCGAGCCGUCAGCAAAUCCCGCCGCCCCCUCUGUUCAGCUUCAGAUUAGUUUCCUAGAGCUGGGCGCUGUUGUUGGAGCGGUUUUUCCAUUUUCUAAUCAGGUCAUUCUUGUUUUUCGGAUCAUCAUUAACUUUGUUUAUCUGGGUAUUGGAGCAGGACUUGUUUCAGCACUUCAGGUGUCAUGUUGGACAAUUACUGGAGAAAGACAGGCAGCACGAAUCAGAGCUCAGUAUCUCAAGGCGAUCCUUAGACAGAACAUUGCAUUUUUCGACAAGGAAAUGAGCACGGGACAAGUUGUUGAGAGGAUGUGUGGAGACACAUUCCUCGUUCAAGAUGCCAUUGGAGAAAAGAUUGGCAAGUACAUACAGCUCCUGUCUACUUUUUUUGGAGGCUUCAUUAUUGCAUUUGUGAGAGGAUGGCUCUUGACACUUGUUAUGCUCUCAAGCAUUCCUCCAGUAGUUGUGGCCGGUUUUAUUGUAUCAAGGAUACAAACGAAUCUCUCUACCCAAAUGCAAGCAAAUUAUGUUGAUGCUGCAGACAUUGUUGAGCAAACUAUUGGGACCAUUAGAACGGUUGUUUCAUUCAAUGGUGAGAAUCAAGCUAUAACUACAUAUAAUAAGUUCGUAAGAAAUGCAUAUGAAUGUGCUCUACGAGAAGGUGCUGUCAUUGGGCUUGGACUAGGUCCAGUAACGGGAACCUUGUUUUGCACUUAUGGGUUGGCAGUUUGGUAUGGAGCUAAACUGAUAGUCGACGGAGGAUAUAAUGGUGGCAUUAUUAUUAAUGUUAUGUUGGCUGUCUUCUCUGGUGCACUGUCCUUAAGUCUAGCAACAUCAUCAAUAACUGCUUUUGCAGGAGGGCAAGGAGCAGCAUAUAGAAUCUUCAAGACAAUAGAAAGAGAACCAGAUAUUGAUGUAUAUGACAAAAAAGGUAUCAUACUGGAAGACAUUAAGGGUGAUGUUGAACUUAAGGAUGUGUAUCUUAGCUAUCCUACCAGGCCUGAUCAUUUGGUAUUGAAUGGAUUCUCCUUACGAGUACGAAGCGGCACAACAAUGGCCCUAGUUGGAGGGAGCGGCGGUGGGAAAUCAACUGUAGUUAGUUUGGUGGAGAGAUUCUACGAUCCACUGUCUGGGGAAGUCUUGAUCGAUGGAGUUGACAUUAGAAGAAUGAAUCUUGGGUGGAUAAGAGGAAACAUUGGUCUUGUCAGCCAAGAACCAGUGUUGUUUUCAAGUACGAUCAGGGAAAAUAUUGCCUACGGGAAGGAUGGUCUUACUCUUGCUGAGAUCAAAAGAGCAAUCGAGUUUGCAAACGCAGAAAACUUCAUUGCUAAAUUGCCAAAUGGUCUCGAGACAAUGGUUGGGGAACGUGGAACUCAACUAUCUGGAGGGCAGAAGCAAAGAAUUGCAAUUGCUAGAGCAAUUAUUAAAAACCCUAGAAUAUUGUUACUUGAUGAAGCAACCAGCGCAUUGGAUAUGGAAUCUGAGAGGAUUGUUCAAGAUGCUUUGGACAUCAUAAUGCUAGAAAGGACUACAAUCAUCGUCGCACAUCGUUUAAGCACAAUAAAGAAUGCUGAUGUCAUAUGCGUCCUACAACAUGGGAAUAUUGUGGAACAAGGUUCACAUGUACAACUGGUAAUGAAACCUGAAGGUGCUUAUUCUCAGCUGAUUCAUCUGCAAGAGACUAUGCAAGAAGUAGAAGCCUCUGGUGUAAACCCGGAUGUUAUGAUGAAAAACAAUUUUGACUAUAUGUCUAUCAGUAGAAAACCAGGAAUCCAAGGUAGCUCAUUUAGGAGGUCAACUAGUAAAGGCUCAUCCUUUGGGCAAAGUGGUAGGCAUCCUUUCCCUGCUCCGUUUGGCCUGUGUGAUACCAUGGAAUUCAGGAAUGGUCAGGACCUAGAGGAAACUAUAGAUAAAAUAUCUAGUGGUAAAAAGAAAGCUCCAAUCGGUCGACUCUUCUAUCUAAACAAACCAGAGGCUUUUGUUCUUGCUCUUGGUUCUAUAACUGCAGUAAUCCACGGAUUAAUUUGUCCAGUAUAUGGCAUAUUGAUUUCAAGUGCAUUAAAGACAUUUUAUGAGCCACCAGCAAAACUACUGAAGGGCUCGAGGUUCUUGGCAGGCAUGUUUGUCAUACUAGGUAUUUCCACACUUGUUCUGGUUCCAUUAGAGUACUUCCUGUUUGGGUUAGCAGGCGGGAAGCUUGUGGAGCGCAUACGGUCGCUGACAUUCCAAAGUGUCAUGCACCAGGACAUUAGCUGGUUUGAUGAGCCUCAACACUCAAGUGGAGCAUUAGGUGCUAAGCUAUCGACUGAUGCUCAAAAUGUGAAGCGACUUGUUGGAGACAAUUUAGCACUUAAUAUCCAGACUGUAUCAACCAUCAUGUCAGGAUUCACAAUAGCUAUGAUGGCAAACUGGAAGUUGGCUUUGAUUAUCACUGUGGUGAUUCCUUUUUUUGGUUUCCAAACCUAUGCUCAAACAAAGUUCCUGCAAGGUCGCCAUAAAAAUGCAAAGUUAAAGUAUGAGGAAGCAAGCCAAGUAGCGUGUGAUGCGGUUGGAGGCAUCAGAACUGUGGCUUCCCUUUGUGCUGAGCAGAAGGUGAUGGAUGCCUAUGAGAAGAAAUGUGAAUCUCCGACUAGACAAGGAAUGAGGGAAGGUGUUGUUGGUGGCAUGGGCUUUGGCUUCACAUUCCUUGUAUUCUACCUUGCAUACGCUCUCUGCUUCUACGUUGGUGCAAAGUUUGUUCAGGAAGGAACAGCAACAUUUCCUGAAGUAUUUCGGGUGUUCUUUGUAUUAGUUUUGGCUUCUGGUUCGAUCUCACGAGGUAGCGCAUCAGGUGCGGAUGGCGCCAAGGCUAAUGCAUCGGCCAUCUCUUUAUUUGAAAUUCUUGACCGUAAAUCCAAGAUAGAUUCCAGCAGUGAGGAGGGUAUGGUGAUUGCAAGUGCGAGGGGCGACAUUGAGUUCCAGAAUGUAUGCUUCAGCUACCCCUUACGCCCAAAUGUUCAAAUCUUGAAUGAUCUAACCGCGAGCAUUCCUUCUGGAAAGACGGCUGCCCUUGUUGGAGAGAGUGGUGGUGGCAAGUCCACUGCAAUCGCGCUCCUCGAGAGGUUCUACGACCCAACUUCAGGAAAGAUCCUUUUUGACUCUGUGGAGCUUGGGACCCUUAAAGUUAGCUGGCUUCGGCAGCAGAUCGGGCUUGUGGCGCAAGAGCCAGUGCUGUUCAACGACACCAUCCGCGCCAAUAUAGCCUAUGGAAAGCAGGGGGAGGCAUCUGAAGAAGAGAUCGUCGCCGCUGCCGAAGCUGCCAACGCACACCCUUUCAUCUCCGGGCUGCCUGACGGCUACGACACAGUAGUCGGCGAGAGGGGGAUCCAGCUAUCAGGUGGGCAGAAGCAGCGCGUCGCCAUCGCGAGGGCCGUCGUCAAGGACCCCAAGGUGCUCCUCCUAGACGAGGCGACAAGCUCUUUGGAUGCGGAGUCGGAGCGUGUGGUGCAGGAGGCGCUGGACCGGGUGAUGGUUGGGAGGACGACCUUGGUGGUGGCACAUCGCCUGUUGACGGUAAGAGGGGCCGACAUCAUUUGCAUGGUCCAGAGCGGGACGAUCACGGAGAAAGGGAGGCAUGACCAACUGAUGCAGAUAAAGGAUGGAGCCUACGCUUCCCUUGUCGAGCUUAGCUACGCGGAGAAAGGAGGCAUAUGACUAUGACACUCAUCUUUCUCCCCCAAAACUCCCAUGGAAACGCAAGAACAAAUUCUUUAUGAGUUAGAACCAGCAACUCACUCUUGUGGAAACGUACGUAAGCUUAUGUGUAAAUUUUCAUACCUUCAGUUUUUCGGGCUGCACGCAGAAAGUUCAGAAAUGUUGC